AGCCAUGGUAACCGUGAGAGACGCUAAGCUAAACUGAAACAUGGCGCGGUGCAUGGCACGACACUAGCUAGGGCGCUAACGUAACGUUAAGUAGCAUGUUAAUACGCUACGUUUUGCCAAAAAUACUCUCUCAAAGACGAUUUCAUUUCGGAAGCUGUUAGAUGGAUAUUACUUAACGACUGUUAAUCUGUGUUUGUUUGGCAUUUUGUUGUCUGUGAGCGUUUACUCCCCCGGGGCGCAUCUAACGUUAUGUUAGCUUGAGCAUUAACUAGCUAGCCGGCUGACUUGAUGAUAAACAACACUUGCGGUUACGAACGCUAUCUAUAUCGUUAUCUAUGGCUUUCUAUGAAGUGUAUUCUCACCCGGCUUUGAUUCGGUACAAAACGAGUGUUUGCACCAAAGCCACUCUGUUUCUAGUUGUUGUUUUGUGCCUCACCUACAUCCCACCUCUGCUGGUCGCUUACAGGAGCCAAGGUUUCUGGAUAAAAAGAAGCACUUAUGAGGAACAACCGGUUGUGAGGUACCAGUACCAGACUCUGCUGGUGGCAGCAACCAGUACUCAGGGAGACUACGUCGCCUGGAGCACCUUUCCCCAUCUUAACAACAUGCUUGGGGCCAACCUCCGGAUCCCUGCUGUCUCUGUGAGAGAAGAGGACCAUAACCAGGACGGGAAGUUGGACCUUCUGAUUUUUCAACUGCAGCUACCUCUAAAACCUGAGGAACAGGUGUACAGUGUCCAGCUGCUGCUCACCUUCAGCUACCAGCUCUUUCGGAUGUCCACAGUGGUGAUGCAGACCCUGGCCUAUGUGCAGCACUCUUCUUCUGUCCCCGGAGCUAAGCUAUUCAUCAGCGGAGACCUGAGGCUGCAGCAGAGGACACCCCUGCCUCACAGAGGACUGUUGAACAUUUACAAUGUGUCAGUGAUCGAUGGCUCCAGCCCCUUUGCAAGUGCGUAUGACCUUGACAACAUAAUUGGACGCUACCAGGAUAGAAACCUGACCACAGUACUGUCCUGUCCCAUGCCAGUCUGGACUGUGGGACGAGCUGCUGGUUCUCCCUUUCAGCUUAAUGCUGAGAUCCGGUACCCUAUGGAGGUCAUUAGCUAUCGUCCUGGCUUCUGGGAAACCAUCAAAUUUGCCUGGAUUCAAUACGUCAGUGUCCUCCUCGUCUUCCUCUGGGUGUUUGAACGCAUACAGAGAUUUGUUUUCCAGAACCAGGUUCUAACCACCGUACCCAUACCAGUGGGAAAACCUCACCUGUCAUGAUGCAGUGGAAAUGCUUUGACCUCCAGGUUUCUACGCAGGCCCCCCUCUACUGGAGCUGCACUAGUUCUUGCCCUUGAAAAGGCAUUUUUUCUUUUACUGCUGUUUGAAGCAAUUGAAAUUUAUAGAAAAUAUAAAAACAUUUUCUAUAUUUUUACUGUUUGUAUGUUUAUGACAGCUUGUGACAGUUAUUAAAUAAAUACUUUGGCGAUGUGUUCUUUCAUUUUUGUAUGGUACAGGAGUUUUAGGUGAUGGAUAAUAAACGAUUUGUACAUUUUAACAUUUAUUUAACCAAAUGCUUUAAUUUACUUGCAUCUUUUACUUUCAUCGUCUAAUCCUUUUUUGGAAUAAAAAGAUUAAUUUGUAA